CGCACGCCACAAAUGGAGCUGCCCCUGGGCGCAACACCAGUCGCGACACAACUGGGAUUGGCAGGCGGCUUGCGCCUGUGAUGGCGUCGCGCACGCCCGCCCGGGGCACGUCACCUGCCCUCCCCUCUCGACUCCACUUGAUAUAACAGCUUGAGUCUCGAUGGCGGCUCUUGUUCUCGCUGUUUCUUCCCCUCUUCGACGAUGUUGCUGCUAGCGUCUGCGCCCCGCCGUGCAAGAGACCUGUGGAAAGAGUCUGUGUCGUGAUCGCGUCCCCGCCUGCUUCUGAACGGCGUUGUUAUUGCGGGCUGUCAGGGUGCUGUCAGAGGUGCUGUCAGAACCUAGAGGCUCACGCCUCAAGCACCCCAUUUACUUCCGCGACGCUUUCUUUACGUGCAACGCCCAUCCCGUCUUCCAUUGCGGCGACCAGAGCCCUCUUCCGACGUUUGCGAAAAUAAUUUGCUGAGCAGCAAGCGCGCUUGUACCUGCCGAUCAUCCCCUUGUAUUUGCGUCGUACCUCCGUCGUCCGUAGAAGGCAGCCACCAUGCCAAGAUACCGAACGCCUGGGCAAUCGCACGGCGGGAGCUAACUUUUCACGGACGUCGCUUGUCUUCGGCGUCGGCGUCGGCGUCGAGGUUCGGGGUCUGUCAUCGCAGACGAGCGGUGGCGGGCUACGUGGCCGGCAGAAACUGAACGCCCGUCGUCUAUCGCGGGCCGCCUCACCAGCCGGUCGCUUCUCGCGCCCCACUCAUCCGAUGUUAUCGUGCCGGCACGUUGUAGCAGCCGCCCGUGGCUCGAAGUCUCUCCGCAGAAACCACGCCAUGCUCGGUGGGACGAGCAAUCAAUUGGGACGGCCAUCGCACAAGCGUGGGACCACGGCCGAGUCACAGGCCCCGUUCGAUUUCGAUCGCCCACAGCUGGUGGAAAUCGCUCAGCAGACAAAUUGGCAGACAAAAUCGGCGUUUCGAGACCGAGACACGGUGUGGCCGAAGGCAAGACGCCCGCCCGCGGCGACGACACGCGCUUCAGCAGUGGUGUGCGGGAGUGUGCGGGAGGCAGCCUUCGCGCCCUUGUUGAUGGGAUGGGACGUACCCCAAGACAAAGUCGUGACACGAAGGGUGCCCGCGUUGCGCCACAUCGAGCAGCCCGGGGUGUCAGAGGUAGCCCCGCUUACGCGCAGCCACCGCAGAUCGCACGCGUCGCGAUGAUCCGUCGCCUGAGACCGCACCGUGGCGAGACGUCGCUUGCCCGUCCGCGCUGUUUCGUAUUGGCAGCCACAUUGAUGCGGCGGGGGCUAGCCGGCGACGGGGCUGCUCUUUGCAGGCAGGCGGGCACUGCUGUCGGGGGAGAUGAGCGGCAUCUUGGGCGGGGAUCACUUUACCCUCUCUUGCGCCACGCAAUAAAGGACGAGUGCACGCCCGCCUCGCUAUCCUUGUCAUCCCUUGCUCCCGUCCCUCGACUUCUUUGCACGCCUCGCCCUUCCUCGCCCACCGCACUAUACUUUGUCGGCGCCAUGUCCCACAUCGAGAAGGCCGAGGCCGGUGACGUUCACUCCCUCACUGAGGCGCACCGACUCCAGCGCGUCCCCAAGCGACGCCUGGGCAACCCUGGCCCACUGGGUCUGUUCUCCUUCGCGUCCACGACAAUGAUUCUCUCCUGGUACAACUCGGGCAUCCGUGGCAUCAAUGUGCCCAACGUCGUCGUAGGCAUGGCCCUCGCCGUCGGCGGCCUCGUCCAGCUUCUCGCCGGCAUGUGGGAGUUUGCCUGCGGUAACACGUUUGGUGCGACCGCCUUUUCGUCGUAUGGUGGUUUCUGGAUGUCGUUCGCGUGUCUCUACCUCCCGAGCCUCGGUAUUGUCGAUGCAUACGGCAACGGCAGCGCUCCGACCGGCACUGAUGCAACCGAGCUCAACUCUGCGCUUGGUAUCUACCUCAUAACGUGGUUUAUGUUUACGUUCUUGAUGCUUGUCGCGUCGACCCGCCGUAACAUCGGCCUCAUGGCGCUAUUCUUCUUCCUCAUGAUCACCUUCAUGCUCCUCGCCAUCGGCAAGUUCCAAAAUUCAGUUAAUAUCACCAAGGCAGGCGGCGCUACUGGUGUCAUCACUGCCCUUGUCGCAUACUACGUUGGUCUCGCAGAGCUUCUCAUUCGUGAUGAGAGCUGGUUCACACUCCCACUCGGCACCAUGUCGAAGCGUGUGGACUGAGCUUCGCCGUUUCCCCGCCCAGCAUAUCCUGUCGUUGUAACAUUCCCAGAUACUACUACCGUAUGUUUGCGUUUUCCUAUAGUCCGUCUGUCUCAUUACUACCUCUCUUACCGUGUGUUUGUUGUGAACCGUGGAUAUAAUGUUCGCUACGUUUCUCCAACUCGCCCUUGUGUGCCUACGUCAUGAGAAUGGCCCACGCUCCUUUCGCACCUGCUGCGGUCUCCCAGCCUUCGCCGCUUCACCACCCACUCGUCGCACAUGGACACUGUCGGUUACUCGGACUCCCUUCCCACCCUUGUUCGUAACGUUCCUGGACACACACAUGCCACCCGCGUCCGCAUGAACAGUUUCUGCG